AGUUUUUUUGCUGCAGGAUGGCCACCUUCAGAUCUGCUAUUGUGUGGCCAGGGAGGUUGAAGUGUCUCCUACAGGUUUUUGUAUAUUGCCAUUCCUAAUAUCUGAUUUGUGUCCAUUUAGCCUUUUCUCUACGGAAAAUCAAGGCCUAUGUAAUUGGGGGGGAGGGGUCUUUUCCUCCACAAUCCUAAUCUGGACCCAGGCCCCUUCCAGCCCUGGGACGCGGGCAGUGAUGUGCUUCCUUUGAUAGAUGCCAAGGUGGGGUUGCACCCGCCUAGUGCCCCACUGAAUCUGAGCCCAGGAGGCCACUCCCGCAGACCUGCCCUCCCUGCAUUCAGCAGCCCCACUCCCUCUGCCCCGCUGCUAGGAUCCCCCUUCCCCAAAACGCUUGCCCCGUCCCGAGAACGCCCUCCUACCUCCCGGAGCCGUCACCCGCGCUGACCACGAGACGUCCCGUUCAGCAGCUGUGGGGCAGAGAGUCCUCUCCAGACACCGGCCUGCGCCGCCGGUGGUGGGAAUCUCUCGCCGGUGGGGUGGAUUCCCAGAGCCGUUUCCCUGGGAUCCUGGCAACGGGGGUUUCCCCGGCCUUUCCCAAACGGUGGCAGCGCUGCCCGGAUUGGAGGGCAGCGUUCAUGGCUUCGGGGUUGUUUGUGGGGUUGCAUUCUUGGUUUCCCCUGCCCGGGGCUGUGCGUGGCCUCUGACCGGGCUGCAGGGCAGAUGUCAGCAGGUUCCUCAGCUUCCACAGAGCAAGUAGCGGCACCCCCGGGGACAAACGGUGCGGGAAGGCAGGGCCGCUCAGCGGCUGGGGACAGAGGUGGAGUGGGGGGUAGUGUGACAGCAGGAAUUUGGGGCUUCGGGGAAUGCGGCGUAAUUGCAUCUCAACAUGGUGAAGCGUCCCCCAUGCUGGUGUUCAAAACUGGCCCACUCUGGUGCUCUCCGCAGGGCUCCUUCCUGUUUGUCAGUCUCGGCAAGGUGGUUUUUGCAUCCGGUGCUGGGCGAACAGACUUGCUUCUCCCUCGGUCUGAAGCUGUCUGGUGACCCCGCUGGACGGUGCUUCUGCCUUCGAGGCGCUUUUGGGACGGAAACGGCUCCUCCUCCCACCUCUCCCGAAAGGGCCUGGAUUCGGGGCAUCCCAGGGCUCCUUCCUGUUUGUCAGUCUCGGCCAGGUGGUUUUUGCAUCCGGUGCUGGGCGAACAGACUUGCUUCUCCCUCGGUCUGAAGCUGUCUGGUGACCCCGCUGGACGGUGCUUCUGCCUUCGAGGCGCUUUUGGGACGUAAACGGCUCCUCCUCCCACCUCUCCCGAAAGGGCCUGGAUUCGGGGCAUCCCAGGAUGCGUCUGGUGCAGAAGUCCCUGUGCCUGCUGCUGGUGGUCACGGCGUCCCUGGCCCUGCUGUACCUGCACGUCUGGUCGGCCAAGCCCUACAGCGCGGUCGACCUGCGCAACCGGCCAGCCCGAGCCCCCGAGCAGCUGCUGGGCCCCUCCAACAAGUUCGCCCACAUCCCCUUCCGGCUCAAGGAGGAGAUCGUCGAGCUGCUGCCCAGGAAUUCGUGCUCGUGUGAGGUGGCGUCCGGCGGGAAGCUGCCCUUCCCCAAGCAGCUCUUCAGCCAGCUCUACUCGCUGGAGUUCGCCACGGCCUUCAGCCCCGCGGAGCUGGCGCAGAUCCACAGCAGCCGGGAGCUGGAGUACCAGAGCUACCGGCAGCGGACCCAGUCUCCCGCUGAGCAGCUGCUGAUCGUCAGAGCCAACUCCCCGCUGGAGUACCCUGCCCAGGGCGUGGAGGUGCGCCCGCUGCGGACCAUCCUCAUCCCAGGGCUCAGCUUGCAGGCAGCCAGCAGUGAGCUGUACAAGGUGACCCUGACGGCCACCCUGGGCACCUUCGACGUGGCGGCGGUGGUGGAGGGGGUGAGGGCGCAGGGCGAGGGGGAGACGCGUCUCUCGCUGUCGGCCACCCAGCUGGACAACCUCAACCGCCAGCUGCAGUUCGUCACCUACACCAACACGCUUUUCCACCCCAACACCGCGGACACAGUGCAGUUUGCCACCGAUGGGCACCAGGCGUCUUUCACCAUCCGAAUCCGCCACGCGCCCACGCCCAAGCUCUAUAACCCGGGCACCCCGGGUGACGGCAGAGCAGAUUACAACGUCAGCGCCCUGGUCACCAUCGCGACCAAGACCUUCCUGCGGUACGACAAGCUGCGGGCGCUGAUCGCCAGCAUCCGCCGCUUCUACCCCACGGUGACCAUCAUCAUCGCGGACGACAGCCAGCACCCCGAGCCCGUGGGGGGGGCCCACAUCGAGCAGUACUUCAUGCCCUUCGGCAAGGGCUGGUUCGCGGGGCGCAAUCUGGCCAUUUCCCAGGUCACCACCAAGUACGUGCUGUGGGUGGACGACGACUUCAUCUUCACGCCCCGCACCAGGGUGGAGAAGCUGGUGGACGUGCUGGAGAAAACCAGCUUGGACCUGGUGGGGGGCGGAGUGCGGGAGAUCACGGGGGUCACCACCACCUACCGGCAGAAGAUCAGCGUGCAGCUGGGGGGCGAGGAGGGCGACUGCCUGCAGACACGCCAGGGCUACCACCACCUCCUCGAGGGCUUCCCCGGCUGCGUCGUCACCGACGGCGUCGUCAACUUCUUCCUGGCCCGCACGGCCAAGGUGCUGGAGGUGGGGUUUGACCCCCGGCUCAGCCGCGUCGCCCACCUCGAGUUCUUCAUCGACGGGCUGGGCGUGCUGCACGUGGGCUCGUGCGCCGACGUGGUGGUGGAUCACGCCUCCAAGCUCAAGCUGCCCUGGCAGAAGUCGGAGAGCGAGAAGCAGUACGCCAAGUUCCGCUACCCCGCCUCGGGCGACCGCAGCGUCAGCGUCAAGCACGGCCUCUUCUACUUCAAAAACCACUUCAAAUGUAUGACGGCCAACUAGCCCCACCGGGCUACCGGCCCCACCCUGCCAGCGAGCCGGACCCAGGGAGAGCCCCUCCCCCCAUGGAGCUGGGGCUUUUUAUCCUUCUACCAGGCCAGGGAGCUGAUCCCUGCUACCCCAGCUCUCCAGACCCAGUGCCAUCCCUAGGCCCUGCUGUCUCCAUGGAGGGGGGAGGCUCCCCCACUUUCCCAGCAGGCCCUAGGGGAAUCCAGAGUCGCACAGUGGGAUACUGGGAAAUUCCCUGGACUGGCUGGGUAAAGCUCACAGCAUCCCAGUGGCCGAGCCCCCACCUUCCCCAGGAGAUGCUGUUUUAUACUGGACAGACCUGCCCCCCAUUCAUGGCCAGAUUUCUCCAGUGCCCCCCCCCUCCAGGAGAGAACCGUCACAGCCCCCCCACCCCUUCCAGCUGCCCCAGGACAAGCACCAGGGCCCCAUUUUAUUUUGUGCCAAGUGGUUCUAGCCCCAGUCCACCCCCGUUGCCAUCCCUGGGAGAUUUCCAACUUAAAGUGCCAAAGACUGCAGGGGGGGGGAGCCUCUCGAGCAAGGGGAAAGGCUGACACCCAUGGCUGGGUUAGGGGGCACGGCCAUAGGGGGGCUAGUCAGCCCCAGUGCCGGUGCGUGGCUGAGGUCUCUUUUCGAGCCUGGGGACUCUUUCUAUGCAGAAUCCAAGAGCAUAGGCACAAGGUGAAGGACUGACCCCCUCUUUGCCCCACACACCAGCUGGCCCCAGCCCCACACUGCUCAGCGAAGGCCCCACAGCUACAGCAUUGGAUGAGCAGAGGGUUCCGGCGUUUAAUCCAGGAUAGGGAGGGGGCAGGAGCUGGCUGGUCUCUGCGGGAACUGGAGGCGGGACGCUGGGACGGUUUGUCGUGUGUGUGUGUGUGUGUGUGUGUGUGUGUGUGUGUGUGUAUUUAAUGUGAGCGAGCAAGGAGCCGGGCAUUGCCAGCCUGCAACCCCAGGAGACCCAAGGCUGGCAGAGGGGCUGCUUGAGCUGCCAUUUUCUACAGGUGACAGAGAGGUGAGGUUUUAAAGGAAAAAAGAGAUGUUUUUAUUUUUAAAAAAAUUCUCUUUACCCUAAAGGUUAUCCAAGCCCCACCCCCUCUGUCCUGAGCCCCGCCCCCUCUGUCCUGAGCCCCGCCCCCUCUGUCCUGCUUCCUACAGUUGUGUUUUAGCAGAACCAGAGAAAAAACUUUGUACUUUUUUUUUUUUUUUUUAAACGUUGGGCUCCGACCCAUUGGGGCAGUGACGUCAGAGGGACCAGCCCCUGGGGGCACCCCCUGCAGGCACAAACCCC